UGGGCUUCCUCCGUCUCAACCGUUCGUGAGUUGUUUCCGUCGCUCGCUCUCAUCUUCUGAAGCCUAAGCCGGCUAUACCUUCCUCCUUUCUUCCGCCAGCAGCCGUGUCGUUGCGACUCCGCCACCAUGUUCGAGGCGCGCCUGGUCCAGGGCUCCAUCUUGAAGAAGGUGCUUGAGGCGCUUAAGGACCUCAUCAACGAGGCCUGCUGGGACAUCAGCUCGAGCGGCGUGAACCUGCAGAGCAUGGACUCGUCCCAUGUCUCUUUGGUGCAGCUCACCCUGCGCUCCGAGGGCUUCGACACGUACCGCUGCGACCGCAACUUGGCCAUGGGCGUGAACCUCACUAGCAUGUCCAAAAUACUGAAAUGUGCUGGCAAUGAAGACAUCAUUACACUUAGGGCUGAAGAUAAUGCGGACACCUUGGCACUUGUAUUUGAAGCUCCAAAUCAAGAAAAGGUUUCAGACUAUGAAAUGAAGUUAAUGGAUUUAGAUGUUGAACAACUUGGAAUUCCAGAACAAGAGUACAGCUGUGUAGUAAAGAUGCCUUCUGGUGAAUUUGCACGUAUAUGCCGAGAUCUCAGUCAUAUUGGAGAUGCUGUUGUAAUUUCUUGUGCAAAAGAUGGAGUGAAAUUUUCUGCAAGUGGAGAACUUGGAAAUGGAAAUAUUAAGUUGUCACAAACGAGUAAUGUUGAUAAAGAAGAGGAGGCUGUUACCAUAGACAUGAAUGAACCAGUUCAGCUAACUUUUGCACUGAGGUACCUGAACUUCUUUACAAAAGCCACUCCACUCUCUCCUACAGUAACACUCAGUAUGUCUGCAGAUGUACCCCUUGUCGUAGAGUAUAAAAUUGCUGAUAUGGGACAUUUAAAGUACUAUUUGGCUCCCAAGAUCGAGGAUGAAGAAGGAUCUUAGACAUUCUUAAAAUUCAAGGAAAUAAAACUAAGCUCUUUGAGAACUGCUUCUGAGAUGCUAGCACAUACUUAAGUCUGUUUUGUCUUUGUACCUCUGAGUACAUAUGUAGAUAUUGUUUUCUGUAAAUAACUUUUUCUUUUCUCCAUUCUCUACAGUUUGUUCAAAAAGUAAAGUCCAAAGUCAAAUCUGGUCUUGUUAACUGAGUAACAACUUUGCCUUACCUAGGAAUACUCCUUAUAAUUUUUAUAAACAAAAGGGUUUUGACUCUAAAUGCAGUUUUAAGUAUUGUUUUCAAUUUAAAUAAAAGUCAUUUGA